GCGGGGCAAAGCAAGGCGGCAGCAACAGAAAGGCACUGAAGCACGGCCCAGAAAGGAGCAACAUAAGGCAACAGCUUGAAGACUCAACAUAUUUAAGCAAAAAACGUCUUUGUCGGGGUGACAACAUCUACAAGAAGGAAAAUUUUAUGCCAUUGAAAGUUUAAAAUCAAAGGGUUUUGUGUGUGCCGUGUCGUGAAGUGAUGUGGUGUGGUGUCAGUGGCAGGAAAUGAAACCCGUGGAGAAAUUAAAAACUCUUAAAAUCGCGUAGACACAUCCGUAAAACUUGCCAACGAAGGGCGGGGUUAGUGCGAAGCGGUGUAGCGCGCUGUGCUGCGGUAAACAUUUGGGGUGUAGGUGUGAAAUUUUGUUUAAACUCCCCCCUCCCCCCAUCCCUCUCAGGGGGCCAUUGAAUUUAGUGGGGUUUUCGAUUAAUGCCUCGUUACGCUUUACAUUAAAGUUGAGGUGACGUAUCGUUGUCGCGCGGUCUUCUUUUUGUAGUUGCGCGGCUGCUGGCACUCCGUACACCCAUUCCUUGGUGUCUAAAUGUUUGAAAAAGCGCGAAAUUGUUUACAAACUGUUAUUGCCACUAUUUGAAAUUAAAUUCAGAAUUCGGCUGCAGUUGGCAGCUGAUGAAAAAUUUCACCAAUAAAAUGUCUGCUAUAAAAUUUACACCGCCAAGGCAUGAGGAACAUCAACAGCAUCAGCUACAGCAAAAAUGUCUUGCUGAGAAAUUGCAUUGCAAGGCAAGCAAGGCUGCUUACACUACUUCAAAGAAGGAUUGGCGGGAAUUGUUUAAUAACUACAACAACAAUUAUUUGAUGCUUAACCCGCAACAACAACUAGCAUCACCAUCACUGCAUAAGAACUAUGAACGCAGCUCCUACUUCCGUUUCCGUUUUGCAACCAAGACGCUUUCUUAUGUCGCCGCCUCUACUGCUGGCACAUGGCUCUGCAUUUUAUUUCCUCAUUUUAAAUAUUCCUCAACAAUAACAACAACAACAACAACGGCAGCAACGAGACCAAAUUACGUUAAAAAUUAUUGCCCCAUUAAGCAGCGUCAUAGUGUUAAUAACAAUAAAACUUUAUGUUGGCUGACAUUGACUUUGAUUUUAUUGAGUGGCAUCUGGAACACAACUGCCACAGUGUGCGCUUUCGAUAUUGCACAAUGCAAACAUCCUUUGGGUAUGGAAUCUGGAGCCAUUGCUGAUUUUCAAAUAAGUGCCAGCACAGCUCAUGACAUGGGCAAUGUGGGACCCCAGCAUGCCAGAUUGAAGGUCGACAACAAUGGAGGAGCUUGGUGCCCCAAACACAUGGUCUCACGUGGCCUCAAGGAAUAUCUUCAAAUUGAUUUGUUGCAGGUCCAUGUGCUCACUGGCAUUCGCACUCAAGGACGUUUUGGCCGGGGCCAGGGUCAGGAGUACACUGAGGCAUAUGUAGUGGAAUAUUGGCGCCCCGGCAUGGAGGGUUGGAAACGAUGGAAGAGUAUACAUGGAAAAGAGAUACUGCCUGGGAAUAUUAACACUUAUAGCGAAGUUGAGAAUAUAUUGCAUCCCGUCAUCUAUGCAUCGAAAGUUCGUAUCUAUCCCUAUAGCCAAUAUGAUCGGACGGUUUGUCUGAGAGCUGAAGUGGUGGGAUGUCCAUGGGAAGAGGGCAUUUUAUCAUACAGCAUUCCCAAGGGCACACCUCGUGGCAUUGAAAUCGAUUUAUCGGAUAAAUCCUAUGAUGGCCAUGAAGAAGAUGAACGCUAUGUCGAUGGACUGGGUCAAUUGGUUGAUGGACAAAAGGGCAAAGAUAAUUUUCGUUUGGAUCAAGGAUUUGGCAAAGGCUAUGAAUGGGUUGGCUGGCGCAACGAUACACCCAACCUACAAGGGCGUCCCGUUGAAAUUACUUUUGAAUUUGAUGCUGUACGAAAUUUCAGUGCUGUGGUCAUACACACCAAUAAUAUGUACGCUAAAGAUGUUCAAGUUUUCGUGCAUGCCAAAGUCUUCUUCAGCAUAGGCGGUCGCCAGUACAUUGGAGAGCCGGUACAAUUUUCUUACAUGCCCGAUGUUGUAUUGGAUCACGCUCGAGACGUGACAAUCAAAUUACAUCAUCGUUUGGGCAAAUAUCUGCAAUUGCAUUUAUAUUUUGCAGCACGUUGGCUCAUGUUAAGUGAGAUUACAUUUAUAUCAGCACCAGUAGCCGGCAAUUUCACCGAUGAGGAAUUUAUGGGCGCCAGUGGCUCGCAGGAUAACUCAGAAUAUCCUUUUCAAAGAGAUGAGGUGGCUCGAGUUCCUUACAACAAGGAUAUGCAUAGCAUUGAGAAUACAGUUCUCUCACCAAAACCCAUUGACCAGGAACAGGACGGCCCAAGUUUCAUCGGCGUGUUAAUCACUGUCCUGGCCACGAUAAUAUUACUCUUGGUAGUUGUAAUACUGGCGAUAAUAGCUCGCAAUAAACGCGGACAUGGCGGUAAUGUUUUGGAUGCAUUCCAACACAAUUUCAAUCCGGAUACACUUGGCGGCGCGGAAAAUAAACGGCUUAAUGGCAAUGCAAUAAAGGCUGUUACCAUGGAGCCCGACACUGAGUCCAUUGACAAGAGCAGCCUGUACCAUGAACCAUUCAAUGUCAACAACAUGUACACAAGCGCCGCAAGUGCUUGUUCUAUAAAUGACCUACAGCGACAUCACAUUGCUCCAGACUAUACAGAUGUUCCCGACAUCGUUUGCCAAGACUAUGCAGUGCCGCAUAUGCAAAACCUAAUACCAUCGCAAAAGUCAAAUUCUCUUUACAGUGGGGCGGGCAGUAUUUUGGGUGGUGUCGUUAGCAGUGGUGCUGUUGCAAAUAGUCUUAAUGGAAGUAACAGUAAUUACAGUACAACAUUAACGAGCAACCGCAACACUCUCAACAAUAUGUUCCAUAUGAAAAUUCCACCUCCGCCACCACCACCCUUGUGCAGUGCAGCAGGUUCUAAACUUGGUGCAGGUCCUUCGUCGCUAUCGUCGUCAACAGUCUCAUCAACACAUUAUGCAUUACAGCCACAACCACAGACAUCGCCAGCAUGCUCAGGAUCAGGAUCGGCAACAACAACAGCAAUGCCACCCUUCGAGAAAUAUUAUGCUGCAAUGGCAAUUUGUAAAGCCAAUAUGUCGACAACAUUGGCUUCCAAUAAUGCUGCAACAGCACUCGAGCAGCAAAUGAAUGGGACUCCAGCAACAACACAGCAACACUACAGAGAACAGACAACAACCACCGGAACAUUGCCCAAUGGCAAAAGUGGUUUUUUAGCUGGAAAUUUUCAAAAUGCCCUCACAUUACCUACGAAUAAAACUCAGAAUUUCGAUAAGUCUCCAGGAGGAGGAAGUGGUGGCAGCACUAAGGGCUGCAUUACUGGCCACACGCAUACGGUAGGUGGCGGCGGUGGUGGUGUUGCGGGUGGCGGUUGUGCUGGUGGCAUUAGCUAUGCCCCAGGCAGCCUCAAUGUCACAUUGACAAAACCGCAUCAUUACAAUGUAACCGAAUUGAGUGAUUUCAUGAACAUGGCCGAUGCCGAAGAGUUGGCCAAUUGUCAGUUGCAGGAAUUUCCAAGACACUCAUUAGUUAUUGUGGAAAAAUUGGGCUGCGGUGUAUUUGGUGAAUAUCAUUUGUGCGAAACGAGAGGUUUAAGCACAAAUUUGGUGGCUGUGGCCACACUGCGACCCGGUGCACCCGAUCACAUGCGCAAAGAAUUUCGCCUAAAAGCCAAACAAUUAUCACGUUUAAAAGAUAUCAAUGUGGCGCCUUUGGUAGGCGCCUGUCUACGCGAUGAGCCGAUAUGUAUGGUGCUGGACUACAGUGAUUGUCUGGGUGAUUUAAAUCAAUUCCUGCAGGAGCACAUAGCUGAACCAAUAGAGGGUGCAACAGGAUUGCAGCAGACAAAGAAGAGACCGACUACAAUAUCAUCAAAUGCGGCGGCGGCUGCUGCUGCUGCCAACAACACGACGACGAUGAACAAGGCAAACAUGCUAAGCUAUGGUUGCCUGGUUUACAUUGCCACACAAAUUGCAUCGGGCAUGAAAUAUUUGGAGCAAAUGAAUUUCGUGCAUCGAGAUUUGGCAACAAGGAGUUGCAUCAUUGGCCCCGACUAUAACAUAAAAGUCUGCACCAUCGGUACUGUGAUAAAUCGCUCGGCCUACACAUCCGACUAUUGUCAGUUGGAGGGAUCAGCUGGACGGCAAACCCAACCAAUGCCCAUUCGAUGGAUGGCUUGGGAAAGUAUACUGUUGGGUAAAUUCACCUCCAAAUCGGAUGUUUGGUCCUUUGCUGUAACUCUGUGGGAAAUUCUAACAUUUGCCCACGAACAACCCUAUCAAGAAUUGAGCGAUGCCAAAGUUAUUGAAAAUAUAGGACAUAUCUAUCAAGAUAAUGGAAAAUAUGAACCCCUAUCUAUGCCGAAAAAUUGUCCCCGAGAAAUCUACGAUCUAAUGUGUGAAUGUUGGCAACGUAACGAAUCGAAUCGUCCAAAUUUCCGAGAAAUUCAUUUAUUUUUGCAAAGGAAAAAUUUGGGCUUCAAACCAACACUCAUGACAUAUUAAGGCGAAACGAAAUGAAAAACGAAUUUAUUACGAAAACAAAGGAAAAUAUCACUGAAAUGCAAGCGAAACCGAUAUAUCAAUUAUGAAUUGAAACCAAAAAAAAAACAAUUUUUUUAAAUUAAAAAAAAAAACUAAAAAAGUAAUAUUUUUACAAAAAUUUAAAUAAAUAAAAAAGUAUUUAACUAGCAUGUAAGCUAUGCAGUUCUAAACACUGCUGCUACGAUAAGGACAAAAUAAACUGUAAAUUUUGCAUAUAGUCCUUGCCAGAGCAGCAUAGCACCAGCCUGCCAAGGACUAUGAUGAUCACUAAACUUGUAUUGAGCAAUCACCAUUGAUAGUUGUAUUAGUCAUUAAGAACAAAAAAAUGUUUGUCACAUAAUCACCACCACCAAUUAGCCACUCCUUUAUGUUUGUAUAGAGAAAACUUUAAAAUUUUUUUCAAACAUUUUCCUUAAACAAUAUAUCAUCAUUGAUGUGUGAAUGUUGGUAUGCGUAUAAAAGAAACUUCAUACAAUUGAAAAAAAUUGCAUGUAAGUGUAUGGUAUGAAUGUUUAUAUAUCAAAUGAAAUGUGUUUUAAAAUAAGUACCUCUUACCUAAAAUCGCUACAACAUCAAACAAAAAAGGAACCCAACUACGAUGACUACUACUAUUGACCUGUCACAAAUCCAACUCUAGUCUCUUCCUCUCUAUCUCCCGCUCUCUCUCUAUCAUAAUCCACACACAAAUAUCCUUGAUGAACAAAAUCUUAACCUCAAUAAAGACCCUUAGAACCUACAUGUGAAACAGACAAAAUAUCAUUGAAAUUAUUUUAUAAGUUUUAUGGAAAAUCGAUAAAAAAAAUCUAAUAAAGAAUUGAAUCACUGUGAAUCUCUUAAUAACUAUACCAUAUAACACACAAACUCCUCACCUGCAAAUUUCAUUCACUUACUCACGUUUUUUGACAAUAACUGUUUAAGAGCAAAAAAAACACAAAACCUAUGAAAAAAGAAAUUCUAAAACCCAAUAUCGGAUAUAAACCUACGAACUUCAAAAUCAAUAAUCA